GCUUACAACUAUGUGAAAAACAACAGUUGUUGUGUCACCCAAAUAAAACCUUCCAUUUUUGUACUGUAUAAAUCUUGCAGGAAAUCCUCUCCAAAUUUCCAAAGAUCUAACUAUCUCUGCUUUCUGGUUUCUAGCCAAACAAAUCUGAUUUCUGUGUCUUCCUCUCUCUGAAUAUGAAGAGUGUAAAUGUUGUAUUAGUGCUGCUCUGCGCCAUCUUGCCUGUUGCAUUAUCUUUCAUUGAUGGAUUAGUCCCAAAUGGAGACUUUGAGGAGGGCCCAAAACCAUGGCAAAUGCAUGGAACUGAGGUGGUGGAUCCCCACUCAGUACCACAUUGGGAACUUUCCGGGUUCGUGGAGUACAUCAAAUCAGGGCAGAAGCAAGGUGACAUGAUACUUCCAGUGCCUAAAGGGCAUUUUGCACUCAGGCUUGGAAAUGAGGCAUCAAUUAAGACUAAGGUUCAAGUCGCCAAAGGACUGUUUUAUUCUCUUUCUUUUGGUGCUGCCCGAACUUGCGCGCAACGGGAGCAACUCAAUCUAUCUGUAUCACCAAAUUCGGAGCCAAAGGAUUGGGGAAUGUUGCCUAUGCAAACCAUGUACAGCACUGAAGGAUGGGACUCAUUUUCAUGGGGAUUUUUGGCCGAAUCUAAUGAAGUUGAGGUAAUCUUCCAUCAUCCCCAAACGCAGAAGGACCAAGCUUGCGGCCCAAUAAUCGACCUGGUGGCUCUCAAGUCCUUCACUCUCCCAAAAAAAUCAAGAGACAUAUUGCAGAAUGGAAAUUUUGAAGAAGGUCCCUAUGUGCUCCCAAACACCUCCUGGGGUAUCUUAAUUCCUCCUAACGUCGAAGAUGAUCAUUCUCCAUUGGUGGGAUGGAUGGUUGAAUCCCUGAAAGCCGUAAGAUACAUAGACUCCGACCACUUUGCAGUUCCAGAGGGCAAAAGAGCAGUAGAGCUGGUGGCCGGAAGAGAAAGCGCUGUGGCACAAGUUGUCAAAACUGUACCUGGCAAAGACUAUGACCUUGAAUUCUACGUGGGCGAUGCUAGAAAUAUGUGCGAAGGAUCAAUGCUAGUAGAAGUGAACGCCAGCAAUUCUACUUUUUACGUCCCUUAUGAAUCUAAGGGGAAAGGUGGAUCCAAACUCGCGCUGCUUCGACUCAAAGCAGAGACUGGACGCACGAGGAUCAGGUUUCUGAGCUCAUAUUAUCACAUGAAGAGUGAUUUUUCUGGCUCCUUGUGUGGGCCGGUGGUGGAUGGUGUGAGAUUAAUCAGGGUUCCACAUGCAUGAUCAGGAUUCUUGAUCAUAAACACACAUUCAUAUAUAUGUUUUACUAUUGUUUUCUCUGAUCGAUGGAAAUUUAAUAAAAAUGAUAGCCUAGCUUGUGAUUUCUGAUC